AUGUCAACUUACAGCGUCCUCACUCCAUUACCAGAGGAACAUUUCCGAUGUUUGAUCUGUCUGGACCUCUUCACUGAACCGGUCACCACACCUUGUGGUCAUACCUUCUGUGGGUCCUGCCUCAGCCAGCAGUGGAGCGACAGCAAGUUUUGUCAGUGUCCAAAGUGUAACAAAAGGUUCCUCAUGAAGCCAGAGGUCUCCACAAAUGAAGUCAUAGCUGAAAUGUCAGUCCAAAUAAAGAGAAGGAAAACCGAGGCACUUGAAAGCACCAACGCUCCGUGGCAGGUGAAGUGUGACGUGUGCACAGACGUUAGAUUCAAGGCGUCCAAGUCGUGCCUGGUGUGUCUGGCGUCGUACUGCGACGGACACCUGGAGCCCCACCAGCGGGUUCCUGCCCUGAUGAGACACAAGCUGGUGGAGCCCGUGGAGAACCUGGAGGAGAAGGUUUGUGAGAAGCACGCAAGGAUCCUGGAGUUUUUCUGCAGGCGGGAACAGGUGUGCAUCUGUCUGCUGUGCUGCGAAGGAGAACAUAGAGAACAUGAGACGGUGCCUGUGGAAGAGGAGGGGGCUCUGCAGAAAGUAAACAUUGAGUCCACCCAGGCAAAGAUCAAACUGAUGAUUGAUGAUAGAACAGAAAAGAUGGAGGAAUUUCAGAAAUCCUCAGAAAUCAGCAAAGUGAAAGCUAAUAACGAAAUAGAGAACGCUGAGAAGCUGUUCGGUGAUCUGAUGGGUAGAGUACAAGAGAUGCAAAGCAAACUGAAGGAAAAAAUGGAUCAAAUACUAAGGAAAUCACAGGAAAAGGUCCAGGCGAUGAUUCAGGAGCUAGAAGAGGAGGUUGCAGCUCUACAGAGGAAACACUCACAGCUAGAGGAGCUUUCUCAAAAAGAAGACCACCUUCAACUUCUACAGACUUUGCAGGCUCUGAACACCAUGUUAGUGACCAAGGACUGGUCCAGGACCAAGGUUUACCCAGACCUGUACAUUCAUACAACGAGGAGGGCCAUGGAGAAUCUUCUGAGAGGUUUUCAAACGAAACGAACAACACUGACAAACAUUGAAUUGACCAGAAUGAAAGAUUACAAAGAAUCUGUGACUUUUGAUGAAUCCACCGCUGGGACCGGCCUCAUUAUAACUGAAUCUGGAAAACGUCUCAAGUAUUCGAAGGCUGCAAAGUCACAGUCACCAUCUUGCAAAAGAUUUGUUUUACCCAUGGUUUUUGGGACAAACGGCUUCACCUCAGGUCGGCACUACUGGGAGGUCCAGGUGGGUCUGAGAAACGACUGGGACAUCGGUGUUGCCCUGGAAACGGUUGAUAGGUCAGAUGAUUUUGUGAAAAAAGACAGGGGAUUCUUUUCUAUAGUAAAAUCUGGUUAUGAUUACAAAGUUAAUGAUUCACCCCGAGAAGUUCUCCUUCUCAAUCCCAGGCCAAGGCAUCUGGGAGUGUAUUUAGACUACGAGGCAGGCCGAGUAUCAUUCUUUGAUGUGGCCGAAAAGUUGCAUAUUCAUUCUUUUGAAAGAGAGCGUUUUUCAGGAAAACUCUUCCCAUAUUUUUAUCUGUACAGUGGUGCAAAGAGGUCUGAGCCCUUGAUUAUCCGUACGAUUUAUGAUCCAGAAUACUACCGUACUCUCAUUCACUCUCUAAAUCAAGAUAAAACAAAGAAUGAAUAGAAUAAAUUCUCGUAGGGUUGAACACCAAUUGCAGUACCUUGCAAAAGUAUUCGUCCCGCACAGGUCUGUACCUGUUUUUAUUACAUUCCAACCUGUAAAUUUCUGUAAUUCAGGUGUUGGUGUUGGACUUUUUGUUGAAAAGAUUGAAAUAAACAAACAAAAACAUGGUACAGGCAGGAUAGAGUCCAGGGUUAGCAGGAGACAGACUGCAUUCACAGCAGGCUUCACACAGCGGGAGAUGAGGGGCUGAAUAUACUGAAGGUGGAAUCUGCAAAACAGAGGAUGGUCAGCGAAUGACAUCAACCCUGUAUCGGAGGGUCUGUCAGUACCCGAUCUGUACCGGAAGCAGGAUCCGUAAUGUCGGCUCUUCUGCACAUGUGUAAACAGAAUAACUUCCGAAAAGGGAAUUCAUUCUUGUUCUUGCUUUUUUCUUCUUUUAUCGUAUUUUUGGUGGGAUAUUUAUUGUUGUAUUUCAUAGUAAUUCUGUGAAUAUUGCAUGAUUUAAAGGGAAUAGCCAAAAUAAAGAAAAAAAUGGACACUUUGACUU